UUUGUUAUCUUGUAUCCGUACAUUUUGGUAUAGCCAUGAAUGAGCAGGGACUUCGAAAGGUGGCAUCGGAUGUUUCCUCAGAGAUCAAGGGAUAUGCCGUGUCUGGCUCCUCUUCUUUUGUGGUUGAUGAUGAUGAAGUAGUGAAGCAAGUGGAAUGUGAAUGCUGUGGACUAGGGGAGGACUGCACUCAAAGUUACAUAACAAAAGUGGAGGGCUAUUAUGGUGGGAAAUGGGUAUGUGGCCUUUGCUCUGAAGCUGUAAAGGAGAGAAUUCGACUAGCUCCAAACAUGGCCUUGCAUGAUGCUUUCAGACUUCACAGGGAUUUUUGCCAGAAGUUCAAUAACACCACAAGAUUAAACCCUAAACUCUCUUUGACAUAUGCCAUGAGGGACAUUGCAAAAAGAAGCGCAGAGAAAAGAAAUUCUUCAACAAAACUGGCCCGGUCCACUAGCUGUGUCCCAAAGAUCCAUCUUUAAAUUUGGGCCUCAUAGGAAGUGGGCUAAAUUGGGGGGGUAUGGUAAAAUGAGCUUGUGGACUGUUUAAACGGGCUGGAAAACGGACAUGGGUGUCCCAUAUGGGGUAGGUUUUGCUUAUUAAUAAAGUCACAAGGGUAAUAAUUGUCUUAUGGACCCAAUUCUCUAAUCCCCAGAUCUUUUUCUUGUUUAAUCAAUUAAUGCUAGGCAU